GAGAUUAACAAGGUCGAUAUCCUUUCCACGUUAACUCACAAACUUUCUACCCGUAUCAUCUAUUCUUCGCUACGUUCUUGAACAUCCCUUUCCAUCAAUUAUGAACUUCACUCCCGAAUCAUACCCAUCACCUCCUCCCGUCACUGGCUCAGAAUCAGAUGGCCACACAUUGUUGGGUGCCACUUCAUCAUAUGCGCCCUCGAUGUAUGCGACGUCUGUCGACUUGCAAAGUGCUCAACAGCUGGUUGGCUUAGGCAUAUCGCACAUCGGAGUGGAAAGCUGUGCGUCUGAGACAGAACCGUAUCCGCGUCCAGCACUUCCUGCCCUGUCAACCUACGCCUGGUCGAACACUUUUAUCCAGCCCGAAAACUUCCUGCAACCUUCACAAGAUUACAGUUUCCUCACUCCGCCUACCCUCUAUGAGCCACUUGGCGGUCUUAUAGAGGCCGCUACCUCCCCCUCCAGCUUCUACGGUUCACAUACUUUCAGUACAUCGCCGAGCUAUGGCUCAAGUAUAGAAAGCGAAGGUCGCCACGAUACAGGACUGGAAGAGGGCUCAAAUACAUGGCCUCGCACUCCAACUUCUGAGAGUGCGAACGUGCCUGUAGACUAUAUCUUGGACGGGGAAUUGGGCAAGUUGCGGGGACCAUCAAUGUACGAGAAUCUGGCGCAAGAUUCAGCUUCUGCACUUUCGCAAAUGCCACCUGUGCCAAUUAGUGACGCAGGCUAUGGGUUUCCAUGGUCUCAAAUCGAUAAUAAUGGCGGCACGUCCGGGCUCACACCCGACCAAGCAACCGUACUCGGGUCGAUUCCCUCGGAAGUAAUCUCAAGAUGGAUUGAGGAGGUGGUUGACUCUCCCGCUGGAGAGUUGAAGAUACCGUCUGCGAGUGGCCUGCAGUGCAGUGUGUGUGGGUUUCGCUUCACUCGACGCUCUAAUUGCAGGGAGCACGAAAAGAGGCACAACCCUCAGUUGAGAAAGUCCUUUCCUUGUGCGCUUUGUGGAAAGGCAUAUGGGCGAAAUACCGACCUUCGAAGACAUGUGCAGAGCACUCAUCUUCAGGAGCGUAAAUUCUGCUGUGAGCAGUGCGGUCAGACUUACAGCCGGCAGGAUACUCUCAAUAGGCACAAGACGGAUGGAUGCCCUCGAAAGGCUCGAAAGUGUAACCGUUCGUAAAGGGGGUCAAGGCUUGCCAGCUUGUGCAGCAUCGUGUCUGUUCUCCAGCGAGUAGGACAUUGCCCGAAAGGAGCCGGCAUCGGUCUAUCUGGAGCAUGGAGGAAGACCAACGGAACCGCCGCACACAUCUGGGAAAUCAGUCCAGUUCUGCG